AUGACGACGGCACCUGGACUUGGACUUGGACUCCCUCACCUCGCUCGACGGAUGGAUGGGACGCGGACGGACAGGAGGGCCGACGAUGCAUCGAGGCAUCCCCGAGGCAACAAAGCUUCCGCCCCAACCAAGGCCUCACUCGUCGCCGUCUUCGCGGCCAACGCACGCCACUACCUCGCGGCGCCGGCCAGCAGCCAACGAGAAGCCGCAGGCUCGUACGUAGGCAGCCGAUGA